AUGUCUCUCCAGAACCAAUCCAAACAACCCGACCGGGGGCCCAUAGUUCCCACCAGAAGCCCCGUUGAGAAAGGCGAAAGCACUGGAAAGAGGGUUGGCUCGUUGGCACCGCUGGAACCGCUGGUACUGAAGGAAUCAGCCUUAGAAACCGCGCGCAAGGUGGCCGACCGCGAUGACACCAAGAACGGCAAUAGUUCGAAAGACACGAGCGCCUUCGAUCGAGACAUCUCCAAGCUACCUAAAACCUCUAGUUUCAACAGCCAUCAAGAAGCGAGCCGCGAACGGACCGACCCAACCUCGACGAGUUUAUCAACCCGUGAUCAGGCUAACAGCAGGAAGAACCCAGAACUAAUGGGCCCCAGACCUGUACUCUCGGGACAGGGCCUACAGAUAACACCUACCAAAGAUAGUGGGACAACUCGGGCCGCCGCUAACAACAAGCACACUGCUCGCUCCGAAGAAGCCUCGUCUGACGAUGUCUUUGCCCGCCUACUGAAUCAGGUCCCCGACCUUAAGGACUUCCUUGAAAUGAGUGAUUACUAUGACGUGGAGGCUCGGACCAGAAAGCUCACCCGGUUUCGAAGGUUAAAGGCGCUCGCGGCCGAGAAACUAAAGCUCGAGGAGGAGGAGCGGAAACUCAGGCAGGAAGAGGAGCUGGAUAUGGGACCACCACGGUCGACAGUCGCACUGUUCGCAAGCACGGCAUCCAGCGCGGCCCCUAGCGCAACCCCGGAUUUGGAGACUGCCAGCUUACCAACCCCGGUCACCCCAGUGCCCAGCAGCAUGGGCACUCGUGAGAUCAAAGAGUCGGCGCCCGCUAACGGCACCAAGCGAGCGCGCGAAGAAGAUGCCUCCCAAGACCGCCAAGAGAAGGCGCCGCGGCUCGAAGAGCCCAUGCCGCCCCGCGUAAAGGAGAGGGACGAUAGGCCCCGCCAUGACGACAGGCACAGAGAAGACGAUCGGCGAGAUGAGCGCGACUACCGCCGCGACUCGUGGUCUCGGCACGACGACCACUCCUUUCGGAGCUCGCCUCCUCGGCGCCGACAUCGAGACGAGGACGACUACGAUGGCCGUUACCGACCUAAUGGUUACAAGGGCGAUGACCGUCACCAUCGUGAUUUGGAGAGCCGUUCAAAAUACCCGAUCCAUGUUGAUCUAGGCUCCAAAGGCGACUCACGUUUCUUCAUUGUCAAAUCGUUCAACCACGAGAAUGUGAGGAUAUGUAUGGAAGAGGGGCCGAUGACAUCCGGCCCAUCCCCGGACAACCCUCGCCCCUCCUUUGUCAAGGUUCUCCGCUGGGACACGCGCGCCCCCUUUGGGGUGCAGUGGCUCAGCAAGACGUCGGUCCACUUCUUCCGCAUCGGGCACCUCAAGAAUGCCUAUAACGAGGUACCAGCCCGUCUUGGUCGGCAAGGGACGGGCAAGAGAUCGAUGGGGGAGUGCGGGUCUUCGGCUGCUGCGGGAGAUGGAAGAAAUUGCGGCGGGCCGUGA